CCGUGCCACUACAGCGCUGCUGGAGGGAUACAGCCACUCAUUUCUCACACAGCUUCUGAUUCUAGCUGCAGGACAUGAAAUAAGCUAUCUCAAAUCUACAGACAGAAUAAUCAUCAAACAUGACGGUGGAUUUUGAAGAAUGUAUUAAAGAUUCGCCGAGGUUCAGGGCGAACAUCGAUGAAGUCGAGACAGAUGUGGUGGAGAUCGAAGCAAAACUUGACAAGUUGGUGAAGCUCUGCAGCGGUAUGAUAGACGCUGGUCGGGCCUACGUCACGGCCAACAAGCUGUUUGUCAACGGCAUCCGAGACUUGUCUCACCAGUGCAAGAAGGAGGAGAUGAUCUCCGAGUGUCUGGAGAAAUUUGGGGAGAGCCUACAGGAAAUUGUCAACUAUCACAUGAUUUUGUUUGAUCAGGCCCAGAGGUCCAUUAAACAACAACUGCACAACUUUAUCAAAGAUGACGUGCGGAAGUUCAAGGAGACGAAGAAGCAGUUUGACCGCGUGCGCGAGGACAUGGAGAUCGCCCAGGUGAAGAACGCGCAGGCGCCGCGGAGCAAGCCGCACGAGGUGGAGGAGGCCACCACCGCCCUCACCGUCUCCAGGAAGUGCUUCCGCCACCUGGCCCUCGACUACGUCCUGCAGAUCAAUGUGCUUCAAGCCAAGAAGAAGUUUGAGAUCUUAGAUUCGAUGCUGUCCUUCAUGACGGCCCAGUACAGCCUGUUUCAGCAGGGCUACAACCUGCUCGACGAGAUCGACCCCUACAUGAAGAACCUAGCAGCAGAGUUGGAUCAGCUUGUUAUUGAUUCUGCGGUGGAGAAGAGGGAGAUGGAACACAAGCACGCCAUCAUCCAGCAACGGGACUUCUCCUAUGAUGACUCGAAGGUGGAGUUCAACGUGGACGCCCCAAACGGCGUGGUGAUGGAGGGGUACCUGUUCAAGAGGGCCAGCAACGCCUUCAAGACCUGGAACAGGCGCUGGUUUUCAAUACAGAACAGCCAGCUGGUCUAUCAGAAGAAACUAAAGGAUGUUUUGACGGUGGUGGUGGAGGACCUCAGGCUGUGCUCAGUGAAGCCCUGUGAGGACAUUGAGAGAAGGUUCUGCUUCGAGGUGGUGUCUCCAACCAAGAGCUGCAUGCUGCAGGCCGAAUCAGAGAAGCUCCGUCAGGCGUGGAUCCAGGCGGUGCAGGCCAGCAUCGCCUCCGCCUACAGAGAGAUCUCCGACAACUACUACGUCGAGCGACUGGACCGCACGGCGUCUCCGUCCACCAGCAGCAUCGAGUCGGCGAGCGAGUCGCGUGAGCGCAGCGUCAGGGGCGUCGAGACCAUCCUGCAGCGGGUGCAGGCGUUGCCAGGCAACGAGCUGUGUGCUGACUGCGGCCAGGCUGAUCCUCGCUGGGCCAGCAUCAACAUGGGCGUGCUGCUGUGUAUCGAGUGCUCAGGCAUACACAGGAGUUUGGGGGUCCACUGUUCUAAGGUGCGGUCCCUCACACUGGACUCGUGGGAACCUGAGCUCCUGAAGCUGAUGUGUGAGCUGGGUAACGCCGUCAUCAACCACAUCUACGAGGGAGCGUGUGAGGAGAGAGGACUGAAGAAGCCAGGCCCGUCCAGCACACGGCAGGAGAAAGAGGCCUGGAUCAAGGCCAAGUACGUAGAGAGGAAGUUCCUGAAGAAGAUGUGCGGCUCGGAGGGGGUCGUUGAGGCCGACAGGAAGUCGCAUCACUGGAACGCCAAGAAGUGCCGCAGACAAAACAGCUCCAUCCGAGCGCCAAAAACACGCCGGAAAUACCGCCACGACGCCGGCAGUGUGUCGCCAGGCAACCUGUCUGCAGCCGCAGCAGCAAAGUUCCGCAGAGACUCCCUGUUCUGCCCAGACGAGCUGGACUCGCUCUUCUCCUAUUUUGACAACGGCUCCGGACCUCGCAGUCUCAGCAGUGACAGUGGGCUCGGCGGCAGCACCGACGGCAGCACUGACAUCCUGGUGUUCGGCUCCAUCGUGGACAGCGUCACCGAGGAGGAGUGUGAAGACUCUGAAGAGUCGAGCGGCGAGGUGGAGAUGGAGCCGUCGGAGCCAUCGGAGGCGUCGGACCCCGAGGACCCGCGCGACCUCCGCGACCUCCGCAACCUCCACCCGGGGGCGCUCCUGCUGAGGGCGUCGCUCCUGCGGAACCUGCCCGUCAUGGCCGAGGCGCUGGCGCACCGCGCGGACGUCAACGCCGUCAGCGAGGAGGACGACGGCAAGAGCGCGCUCAUCUACGCCGUCACGGGGGGAUCUCUGGUAGCGUGUGAGUUCCUGCUGCAGAACAGUGCUGAUGUAAACCAGAGAGACAUGAGGGGAAGAGGGCCUCUGCACCAUGCUACAUGCCUGGGCCACACAGGGCAGGUGUCUUUAUUCCUGAAGCGAGGAGCUUCGCAGACCGAGGUAGACGAGGACGGCCAGGACCCCCUGAGCAUCGCAGUGCAGGCGGCCAACGCCGACAUCGUCACCCUGUUGCGGUUAGCGCGGAUGAACGAGGAGAUGCGGGAGUCGGAGGGACCCAUCGGCCACCCAGCUGACACACGAAGUCCCGUCUCUCCACCGAGGGUAAAGCGGAAGGAUUUCCUGGACCGAAUGUCACCCCGCCCCCUGUCGUCCCUGGGGAGUUUUCGGACCUGGCGGCUCCCCUCCCCCAAAAGCUGAAUAGGACGAACCGGCCCUUCCAGAUCUCCCAGGACGCCCCAGCCACCGAGUAGCCUACCGCGCUUAGACACCUUUAUCACAUUUGAGGAGUGUUGCCAUGGAAACCACCCAAACAACUGCACCUUGUCAGUGUCCCUCGAUUGUUGAUUGGAGUCUUGGGAUAUGUGGGUGAAGAGAUGUAGGACAACGCAGGAGAGUCUGAGUUCUAUAUGUGUGAGCAUCACAGAUCAUGGGACAUGUGAGGUGUGUGUGUGUGUGUGUGUGUGUGUGUGUGUGUAGUUUAUGCAUACAGAUCAGGACCUUCACUUUAUCAUUCCUCUAGUCUACAUUCUUGUAACUGAAUAAGGGUAAUGCACAGCAAUCAGUGAUACUAAACGAACUACUGUCCUAAAAUUAUUAGGAUGUCUAGUUUUCUUUUCAGCGAUGCACUCAACAUUUUAUUAUUGCAAAGUCCUGUGGCUAGAUUUAAGAUUGUAUAGGAUUUGUAUAAUGCACUUAUAGGUUGUGCGGUCUAGCACGUGGACUUGCUACUUUUUCUUAAACAUGAUAUUAAAAAUGUAAACUGUUUUUUUUUUUUUUUUGUCUAAUAAUGAGAACAUAAAGUGAAGACACAAAAUGUCGAAAUACACCUGUUUUGGGAUGAUUUUCCUUUUUUUUAAAACGUAGUUCCCUGAGCAGAGAUGAAGUCUGGGAAUGUACAUCUGAAUUAACUGCUGCGCUUGAGUCUUAAUGUAAUGUGUGUCCCUCAUAUAACAUCAUGUGAAAGUUCUUUGAUUUGAAGCAGAGCCCUUCGCCUCUGAGUUGAAAUAUGGCUGUGCGCCCUCUAGUGGUGCAAAUAUAUUCCUGUCCUUUGCACAGCCUGUAUUACAGUAGAUAAGGGUGCAAAUUACUCAGUGUGUGAUAUCAACUCGGCAAGCUUAAGUAAUACACCUAAAACCAAAGGUUCUAGGGUGAAUGUGUGAUGUAAGACACCAACUUAGUAUGAUAGCAAUGAAAGCUGCAUAAAAAAUGACUGUG